CCGUAUCUGUGAUAAUGUCGGAAAGGAAAAGCAAGUGGGACACUCCUGCUAAAGAUGCUGGAGCUGCUUCAGCCUCUUCUUCAAAUGAUGGAAACGCAGCGGCCGCGGCUGCUGCAGCUGCAGCUGCUAGAAUAGCAGCUCAAUUCAAUGCCCAUCAAACCAGCAAUGCUGCUUCCACCUCUCAACCGACAAAGAAGCCAGAAGAGAAGACUCGUGAACGCGAUCCAAACGAUGGAGAUUUCGUUCAUGAUAUCGAAAUUAACGAUAUUCGGAAUCGAUACCUUUUAACCAAAGCACAAACACAAAAUCAAAUCCACGAGGAUACAGGAGCAAAUCUUACCACAAAAGGAUUAUGGUAUCCAGACAAAUCACUGGCAAGCUCAUCAGAGCCACCGCUAUAUCUACACAUCAGUGCGAUGACAAAAGAAAGCCUCGACCAAGCAAUCGAAAAGAUUAAUGAAAUCAUCCAAUCGGAGAUGCCUCAGUUGAUUGAAGAUCGACAAGCAAAAAGGGCAGAAUACGAAAAUCAAAAGAGACAACAAAGUUCACAACAACAACCUGGCGGUCGACGUGAAUGGAUUGAAGAAAAGGUGCCAAUCAAUCUUGAAUCCUUAAAGAACUUCAACAUAAGGAGAAAGAUUGUUGGACCUCAAGGAAUGUUUGUGAAAUAUAUUCAAACGGAAACAGGUACCCGUGUGCAAAUCAAAGGCCUUGGUUCUGGAUUCAAUGAACGCAAUACGGACAGAGAGGCGAAUGAGCCAAUGUUCAUCAAUAUCGCAGGACCAGAACCGGAAAAGGUAGCAGAGGCGAAGGAGUUGGCACUUGAUUUACUGGAUGCUGUUAGAACCGAACAUGCUAAAGCGUACCAAUCACUUAUGCAAGAAUGGGGAGGAUCGCAGCAACAGCAAAUGUACAAUGAACCAGCACAAGGAGGCUAUGGAGGCUACAAUGGCGGAUAUCAGCAGUACAAUGCAGCUGCACAUGGCGGGGAUUAUUCCAUCAAUAGGCAAGGAUGGGCAGGUCAAAAUCAACAACCUCAUCCAUCAAUGGGUGCACCUCCAAUGCCAGAAGAUGACGUUCCUCCUCCGCCACCACCUGAAGAUACAGCUCCUCCUCCACCUGCAGAACCAAUUCGAGUGAAGAGGGAAAAGACUGCUGAAGAGUUAGCCUUGGACAAAUAUUGGCAGGAUUAUAUCGAAUGGGAAAGAUCGUUCAAAGCAUAUCACAAUCGAUUGCCUUCAACGGAAGAAGGUCUUCAGACAAUCCCAAACGAAUACAGGUAAACAGAAUUAUAAUAUUGUCUAUUUUACACAAUUGCAUUGUACUAUACAUUUUAAUAAAACGAUUCUCAAACGACAGAAUAUCU